AUGAAGAAGGAAGAUGCGGACGUUGAGUUGGGAGGCCUCACAGCAGCGGCCAAGGCUCACGCCGGAAUGGUAUUGAAGGAGUGUGCGGACUGCGCAGCCAUUUUGUUCGGUGGUAAUGGAUACACACGUACAGGACAGGGCGAGAUUGCUGAGAGAAUGUGGAGGGAGGUCAAUGGCAACAGAGUUCCRGGAGGUUCAGAGGAUGUCAUGCUCGACCUCAUGGUGCGCCAGCUAGCGAAGAACUUCCAGAAGAAGACAAAGGAGCUGGAGAAGUCUCAGGGUUCGAAGCUUUGA